AUGGAACUCACAUUUUCAGAAUUCCCUACAUCGCGUCUAGAAAUGAACAAGGUAGCGGAUCUUUUCGACAAAGGGGAUGGUCUGAUCAACUCGAAAGAGUUCAUUGAUGCGCUUCGUUUUGAUCGAAGUCGUGAACUGAAACCUCUGACUGACCACGAGAAAGUGAACGAGGAGAUCACCAAGCAGAAGAACGCUUGUAGUUGCUGUCAACAGUUCAAAAUCGAAAAGGUCGCUGAUGGUCACUAUAGGAUUAUGGAUGACAACGACCAACAAAACAAAUCAAUGCGCGAAUCGGUACGUACCUACCGAUCGACCUGUAAUGGUCGUCUUAACAUUGACAUGUUCUACAAAGAUGUCACACCAAGUACCGCCAUCGACACGAUGCGAGCGUUCACUAAAGGACGACACAGCAGGAGCUCACCGCAUCAGGCUGCCACACUCGGACCUAUAAUGAAGGUGCGCGAGAAGACCGAGAGAAGUAUGCCCAUGUUCCCCCACCGAUCAGACCACCACGACACCGAACUGGAGUCAAGUAGUCGAGGACUGUUGACGGCCAGUCGAGAUUCAUUAGCUACACCAACUUCUCGAUCCCAUUCCCGUGCCUCGGAUUCGACGAUGGACGAGAAACCGACCCGAAUCCCGUCCCUUCGCAUCCAGAAGGGUACCCGCAGCAGUACCCCUAGGUCGUAA